AGAAAAUAACGUAACCAGAGAUAAUAUGGUGAUUCAAAAGUAAAGCUAGAUUGCGGCCUUGUUAUAGUUUUCUGAGAGCUGAGAGUCAAUAUAUUUUGUUGAGAAAAAAUGGACCUAUCUAAAUCAGCGAAUUUGUUUUUGGAAGUCGUUCAGGGCAGCCUUAAAGCUUGCAUAAAUUUGGGAGAAAAGUGCCAAAUUGAGUCAGACUGCUGCGAACUUUUGGACUGCAUUCCUAAAUAUGACAAUGAAUACAACUAUUGCGCCUGUGUUUACAGCUAUGUGCCAGGUUUUGACUCAAACAACAUGCCUGUUUGCGUUUACAGUAUGCCCUAUGCUUGGAGGAUUGUUCUGGGGGCUGUGGGCACUCUAAUAGCAUUGACUGUUAUAGGCUUUCUAUUGAAAUUCAGAGCGGACAGGAAAGCGGCACGAGAAUCUGCGGCUACUGCUGCCGUAGCGCAAGAAACGACCCCGGGAGUUUUCGAGAGUGCGGAAUUCAACAUUGCCGAUUUUGUUGUUCCUGCACCUGCACCCUCGGCACCGAGCAAUUUGCAAGAGUUUGAUCAACCACCCUCUUACGGUUUUGUCAUGGGUGAUGAGAAUAAUGAUUUGUCUGCUAAAAAUGACGAUUAAGAACUUUCUAUAUUUUAUCAAUUCAAUAAAUUUUUAAUUUUGACUGGAAAAUUUUGUGAUACAAAAAUGUUUGAAUAUAUUUAUUGAGUGAUUUUAAUAUUUUGUGAAGAUUUCAAUAUUGAAUAUUUUAUUGUAAAUUUUAAAAUUAUAAUUAUUUGUUUCGUUAUGUACGGUCUUACGGGUCGUGUGACUCGCUUGUGUUUUAACAUGAAAUAAUGUGUCUAAAAUCGGGCAAUUUUUUUUAACUUGUUUGAUUUUUCAUUCUAUUUGUAUAGCAUAAAAUAAAUAUUAUUAUAA